CGUGUCAAUUAAAUUCUUGUAUGAAAUCAUUUUUGUAAUUAUAUUAUCAGUGCUUCCUUGUGCAUGCAGUUAUGAUGUGGUUGUUAAAUUUCUUUAUUCUCCUUUUUGGUUCAUUUUCUAUCGUUCAAUCAAAUGGGAUUUGUAAAGAAACUCGAUCGCUUACUUUAACAAGAGUUGUUCCUUAUCAAGAAUCCUAUAAGCAAUCGUAUAGAAGAUGGUUCAGGAAAAAACAUCGAGUUGCUUGGAGAACAGCUUACAGAACCGAAACCUAUAAUUCACCUCAAAUCUAUGACGUUUGUUGUCCCGGUUACUACAAAGUGCCAUCAUUUCAUUUAAAAUGCGAUCCCGUUUGUAGCAAACCUUGUAACAACGGUUACUGUUCAUCCCCUGAUGUGUGCACGUGCCAUUCCGGGUACAAAUUAACCCCAGGCAACAAAUACAUUUGCCAACCCGUUUGUACAACACCCUGUCAAUUCGGAACCUGUACAGCACCAGAAAAAUGCACCUGCAUACACGGUUAUCAAUUAAACCCACAUAACAAAUACAUUUGCGAUCCGAUUUGUUCACAUCCAUGUUUAAACGGAAAAUGUAUUUCCCCCGAAACUUGUUCAUGUAAUUCUGGUUAUAAAUUAAAAUCAAAUAAUAAAUAUAUUUGUGAACCGAUUUGUACAAAACCUUGCGAAUUUGGAACUUGUGUAGCACCAGAAACAUGUGUUUGUAAAGUAGGGUAUAAAAAAAUUACAGAAAAAUGUUUACCCAUUUGCACUAAAGCGUGUAUCAAUGGAAAAUGUACUGCGCCUGAAAUAUGUAGCUGUUUCAAGGGAUUUGAGACCAACUUGAGUGAUAAAUACCUAUGCAACCCAGUUUGUAGUCGAAGUUGUUCAAAUGGAUGGUGCAGCUCACCGGAAAUUUGCACCUGCAACGCGGGAUAUCAACUUGACCAAGUUGAUAAGUACAAAUGUAACCCAAUUUGCACUCAACGCUGUUUAAACGGACAAUGCUCAUCUCCCGAAACCUGCACGUGCAACCCCGGUUACCACAAAGACAUCGAUAACAAAUACAAUUGUCUUCCCGUUUGCAAAGACGGUUGUGUUAACUCAAAAUGCGUCCAACCGAACGUUUGCGAAUGUUACCCCGGAUUUUCUACGACCAACUCGACUUUUUGCCACCCGAUUUGCAAGUCUGGGUGUCCAAACGGUUUUUGCGUAGCUCCAGAUAUCUGCGUUUGCAACGAAAAGUACCGAAUGAUCAAUCAAAAAUGCGAACCGAUCUGUUCCGGUGUUUGUAUUAACGGAAAAUGUAUUAAACCUGACGUUUGCGAAUGCUUCGAGGGGUAUCGGUUUCAAGAUUUACGUGUUUGUACUCCGAUUUGUGAGAAAGAAUGUAUUAAUGGACUUUGUAGUGCACCUAAUACGUGUACAUGUUUAAAAGGAUUUGAGAAGGAUGUAACUGAUUUAAAUAGAUGCGGUCCUGUUUGUAGUAGAGUAUGUGUAAAUGGAGAAUGUAGUAAUCCCGAAACUUGUAGUUGUAAGGAUGGAUAUAAAUUAGAUGAAGUCGAUAAAUUUAAAUGCAUUCCAAUUUGUUCUGAACCCUGCCUAAAUGGUAUGUGUUCAUCACCGGAAGUGUGUACAUGUAAUAACGGCUUCGAAAAAGACUCAAACGACAAAUACAAAUGCGUUCCGGUUUGCGAAAACGAUUGUAUCAACUCGGAAUGCGUCGAACCUAAUGUAUGCCAAUGUUUUUCCGGGUACUCACCAAAUUCAACCCACGAAUGCCAUCCAAUUUGCAACAACGAAUGUUCCAACGGCAAAUGUAUCCUUCCCAACGUUUGCAAAUGUAAUAUUGGUUACGAAAUGUCGCAGGAAAACGUUUGUAAACCAAUUUGUAAAAACAGUUGUAUUAAUUCGAAAUGUGUUUCGCCGGAUAUUUGCGAAUGUUACGAAGGAUUUGAGAUGAAAACGAAUAAUUCUUGUUCCCCUAUUUGUAAAGAUCCGUGUAUAAACGGUUUUUGUUCAUCUCCAAACGUUUGUAGCUGUAAUAACGGUUUUAAAAUGAAUAUGAAUAAAUGUGAACCGAUUUGCUAUGAAGAAUGUAUUAACGGGAAAUGUACUUCACCAAAUAUUUGUUCUUGUAAUGAAGGAUUUAGGGAAAUUAGUAACUAUGAAUGCGUACCAAUUUGUUCAAAAGAAUGUUUAAACGGAGAAUGUACAUCACCAGAAAUUUGUACAUGCAAUAAAAAUUAUUUAUUAGAUCCAAACGAUAAAUACAAAUGUAACCCAAUUUGUGAUAAAAAUUGUAUUAAUUCAAUUUGUACAUCACCAAACAUUUGUACGUGCAAAGAUGGUUAUGUCGAGAACGAAAAUGACUCUUUUAAAUGCGAUCCGAUUUGUUCGGAUGGAUGUUUUAAUGGAAUUUGUGAUGCUCCUGAAAAUUGUGUUUGUAAUCCGGGUUAUAAUAAAUCUUUAUCGAACGAUUGCGAACCAAUUUGCGAAUCAACUUGUAUCAAUUCGGCUUGUACAGAACCAAAUGUUUGUACAUGUUUCGACGAUUAUAUCAAAACUAAUUCAAAUCCGAAUGAGUGCGAACCAAUUUGCGAUCCGCCGUGUAUAAAUGCAACUUGUAUAUCACCGUACAAUUGCGAUUGUUUAGAAGGUUUUUUUAUUGUUAACAAAAAUGGGACGAAUUCCGAACAGAACAACACUUUGAAUGAGUGUUCGCCUUUUUGCGAUAAUUGUGAAAAGGGAAUUUGCAUAGAACCGGAUGUUUGUUUAUGUUUUGAAGGGCUCAUGUUUAAUAAUUCGACUGGAGAUUGUGAAUUUCCAUGCAAAGAAGAUUGCGUUUAUGGUUAUUGCGAGAAUGGGACUUGUUUUUGUUAUGAUGGUUGGAUUGGAAGUCGGUGCGAUGAAAGAGAUAGAUUAAAAGAAUAUAUUAAAACCAAAAGCUGGUUUGGUACGAAUUAUGUUCUUUUGAUAAGUGUUAUAACGGUUUUAGUGGGAUUUUUUGGAUUUUUGUUGUUUUAUCGUAUUUAUAGAACGAGAAAGGAAACUUUGAGGAAUAGAGAUUCAAUAGAUGGUCGGUUAAUAACUAUAUCCCCAGAGUUCGAUUUAAACGAGGAAUAACAAGAAAUUAUUUCUUUAUAUUUUAUUAAAACACAAAUAAAGCUUCUUUUCUAACAUUGA